AGCAAAUUAUCAGGUAUCUCACUUUAAAUUAAUUCAGAUUUUAACAUUGCUAUUUAUUUUAAUUAAUAUUUAUGUAAAGGGAUAACUAUAUGAAACCAUAUUAUUAAAUCUGAGUACAAAAUUCAGCUUCAGAGAUUGUGGUCUUCUCAGGCUUCAGACUUCACAUUAAUUAAUCAGUAAAUUCAGUUUAAAGUUAUAUGUAGUUCAUCUUGGCACGUAUUGUGUGCUAGAAGAUAUUUUUCCAUGACUUGUCAGAGGUGCUGCUGGCUAAAACUGUAAUGGAAGGUAUUGAAAAAUGGUUUGGUUGUGAAGGGUUUAUUUCAACACUGACCAUAACAGUAUACAGAAUGACUUGUAAUUCUGUGCCUACACAUACACUUUUAUAUUUAUGUGUGUAUACAUUAUAAUAUAUAUAUAUAUAUUAUUUAGAAGAGACAAAUUACAUAUUAUUUAAUAAAUAAGUAAUACUUUAAUGUCAAAUUUUAACAAUAAUAUUUUGCUUUUAUUAUUUUUUACCAUUUAAUGAUUACCUAAUGAUAUUUUUGGAAAUAACAUUGGCAUCCAUUAUGUAGGGUGUGUUGUGCAGAUUGUGUCUGUUAGCUGACCUGGAAUAGCUCAAGGUGAAUGAAUAGAGUGAGUCUGGAAGGCCUCUGCUGCCACUGCAGAGCCAGAGAUGUCAUUGGCUCAGUUCUCCUUCAGUCACACUUUAUGACCUUUUGUGAUUGUCAGAACUGCUGUGGUGUUUGGUUGGUUUUUAAUGACCUGGCCAUUAUUGCUGUUACAAAUUAGUGUAACUUGGUUACUGCUCUGAGGUGGCAGAAAAGAUGGAUAAUAGAAGAAAUUAAAGUGGCACUACAUUGUCUCAGAUGGAUUGGGUGAUUAGGAUGUAGAAGUCACUAUCAGAGGACCAGUGGUUGAUUGUUUCCUUACCACAAGAACACUGAAUCUUAAAGGUUGCAGAUCUGAAGCAAGAAGUGCUUAACUGUGUUCUUGACUAAUGUUUAACCAUCAAGUUUUCUACUGAGAAGUAGUUUUUUUUAAGGAUUAGUUAUUUAUGCUGAAAUGAGCAUUGUGGUAUGUACUAACCACCAACUGAUACUUGAAAGAAAUUUUCCUCAGAUCCUGUGGGGUGUUUUUUUUAUCAUUCCAACACUGUCCAUAAUAUUUUACGACCAGAAACAGACAGGAACCUAGAGUCCUUAAAAAGUCUUCACGGCCUGGAGAUGAAUAGUGUCAAAAGUAAAGUGAAUUCAUUGGGAAAUAUUAAACAAGUACAAGUAGUACCACUUGUCCCCAGGUCUCAGUUAAUAUGCAUAGGCUAUUUUGAUGCAAUGAUAUUUAUGCCAAUAUCUCAAUUCCGGGUAAAUGAUAAAAAAGCCAAUAAAAACAACUAUGGUGUUUUGUUCUCUGGCUGAGACGUGGAAGCACAAAAAAUUAAUACUGAACACCAAGAAGAAAAGAAGGCACCACAGUAGUUGUCAUUCUGUUACAUCCUGGGGUGUCCCAAAUGCAACUUUGGAAAAGCAGCAUGUGAGUUUGAAAGACUUUAAAAGAGAAAUGCAGGCUGUGGUGUUACACAGCAAGCAACAACUCUGUGCCUGUUCCUCGGGCUGCCCAAUAGCUACAGAAGUUACUUCAUGUGCAGCACAGCUAGAAAAGGGAUUUGGCUUGGUUCUAUAUCCUUUCCCUUUGAUUCUUCUAAUCCCUUCUGUUUUGUCGUGCCCUGUGCCCAGCAAGUGCCCAUGUUGUGUGCAGAUGGGGUGAGGUGUGCUGAGCGUUCCCAGGGCUGCAGGGUGGCACUUGCAGGUUGUGUUGGCCAGCUUUGCAUGAGCUCCUGCCUCAGCCUUUGUUAGAUGAGGCACUGAGCACCUGUCCUUAACCACCACUUUAAAGGUGAAGGUGCUGGAGAGAUUAAAACCCAAACGCACCGUGUGGUUACCUGUGGUUAUUAGAUUACUCUGGAAACACAUAAAAACUGUCAGGAAGAUUUGCCUAUCAAUUAUAAAUAGUAUUUUCUUUUAAUGGCAGAAAUAUUUGUGCUAAGUUGUAAUUCUGGCUUUACUGACUGUGAUGGUUAAUGUGCCUGAUGGUCAUUUUCAGAUUUUCCUUUAUUGCUUUUAAAUAAGCAGAAUUACAGUCGGAAAGUAAAACCUGCAUGAUUAAAAAUAAUUUAUAUAAAGAAAACCUCACAAAUCUAAUAAUUCAGGAAUAAUGAAUCCGAUUAAUUUAUUCCAUUCUGAGCAAAAUCAAGGUGGUUUGUUUAUUGCUGCUACUGUUUUGUUUUACCACCUAAUUUGCUGUAAUUAAAAUGGCUCUUCACCUUCUGUCGGUAAAUCAGAAAAUACGGUGUUAAUUCCGAUUUGUGCAGUUUGCGGGCUCGUUUCGUUAUUUGAAAGUAACCAGAAAUGUAUCAUGGUGACCCAUCGUAACUGAAGUGCCUCCAGGAAAGACAAGUCUUGGUUUUUCAAGUAACAUUACUUUCCGCAGACAGUCCUGGAAGCGUAGCGGCCCCACGGGGCUGGUUGUCGGUUCUGACCGCUCUGGCGGAGCUCGGGUCAGGGGAGCAGGAGCAGAGCCCUUCUCCCGCUGCCCGAGGGCGGCGGGGCCGGGAGGAGAGCAGAGCCCUUCUCCCGCUGCCCGAGGGCGGCGGGGCCGGGAGGAGAGCAGAGCCCUUCUCCCGCUGGCCUUGUCGCUGGCGGUGGGGAAGAUUCCGGCGGGCCGGGCGGACACGGCAGGUCCGGUCGAUGGCGGCUGUCGCCGCCCGCUUCCAGCGUUCCCCAGACCGUCAGGCACGGCGGGAGGCGGGCCCGGAGAGCCUCGCUAGCGGGAGAGGGGCCAGGCCGGCGUACCGGAUACCUGCGCUGGUGAGGGGGAAAAAAAUCCAACCUCACUGCUCAGUUAUCGUCAUUGUGAUUCAUCAGCUGCUGUCUCCUGGGCAGGUCUGACUGCUGAUUGGGCACAGAACUUCUCAAGGUGUGUCUUUUGUCAAGAAGCUUUUGCAUUUUAAGAGCACACAGUAGACCAUGAUAGCCUCCUGCUAUGAGUCUUAGGCAUUGCGAAGGAAUAGAAAAUGAAGUAUCUACCCAUUUCUAACUGGCUGACCCAGCUCGGUCUUGCAGAAUAUUGCACACUCUUUGAACAAUAUGGUGGUAUAGAGGACUUAUUCCAUCUCACAGAAGUUGAUCUUAGAAAACUGGGAAUUGAAAAUCAAGGCCACCGAACACAUCUCAUUUCCAAUAUCCUGCUGCUUCAGGAGGUAAAACAAAAGAGAGAACCAAAAAUGAUAGCUGCAGGAAAAUUUUCAAGUCUUCCCAGAAACAGCCCAGUGAACCACCAGUUCUCAUUAGCUUCCUCCAUGGACCUUUUGACCACAAAACCUUCACCAAUUGAGCAUCACUCAAACUCCUUCCAAGGCAUCUCUAUCCAUGGCACUCUGCCCAGGAAGAAGAAGGGAACAAUUCCCUCUAGGUCUUGUGAUAUGUUUAGCCACGUGGGAACAUUGCCUUACACCAGAGCACGGCAGCAGCCACCUUUUGUACAGGACAUUAUAGAAGAGUACCCUCCAGACAAUGGAAAGAGCAACAAACUCCAUGCCAGAGAUCAGAAUAUUCUGGAUCCUACAUUGGAAUAUGUUAAGUUUUCUAGGGAGAGGCAAGUUAUGGACAAGAGCCCGGAAAAGCUGAAGAAGGAGUUAGAGGAAGAGCUGCAGCUGAGCAGUGAAGACUUGCGUAGCCAUGCCUGGUACCACGGACGUAUUCCCCGGCAGGUGGCAGAAGGCCUAGUUCAGAGAGAUGGAGAUUUUCUGAUUAGGGAUUCUCUCUCCAGUCCUGGGAACUUUGUUCUUACCUGUCAAUGGAAAAAUAUCCCUCAGCAUUUUAAAAUCAACAAAACAGUUCUAAGGCUCAAUGAAGCCUACUGUCGUGUUCAGUAUCAGUUUGAGCUGGAAAGUUUUGACACUGUCCCUGGAUUAGUGAGAUACUACGUUGGGAAUCGCACACCAAUAUCAAAGCAGAGUGGAGCAAUUAUUUUUCAGCCUGUCAACAGGACUGUGCCUCUCAGGUGUCUAGAAGAAAAAUAUGGUGUAACUCCAGUCCAGCAAAAAGAGCCAAGCACCCCUGAAGGAAAAAUGGAAAGUGCAAAAAGGUUGAGUCUUGGUAUCUCCAGCAUGCAGUCCCCGGAGCAGAGCAUACCCAGAGGAAAUCUGCUGAGAAACAAAGAAAAAAGUGGUAGCCAGCCGGCUAGUUUGGAUCAUGUUCUGGAGAAAAGAUUCCCUUUAAAGGCUCACCAGUCAGAGAGCUAUCUGCUAAUAGGUUCAAGACAUCCAUCUCGAUUACCUGAAGCAGAUGCAAACUCCUGUCCAAGCUCACCUGCAUUUAGAACAGGCAGUGAACCAUCUCUAAGCCCCACAGUUGUUCAGAAAGUCACCUCAGAGUCACAGCUAGGGGAAGCUCUUAGAGGAUCAGACGGUCAGCUCUGUCCAAAGCCUCCACCUAAACCCAGCAAAGCCCCCCUGCUGAAGCCCCCAGAUUCUCCUUUGGCUUCCCACAGCUCUGAAGGACACUAUUGUGAACUAAACCCUGCCAGACAUCCUACAGCAGCAAAACAACGCUUGUGUCAGAAAAACAGCUACGUGGAACAUCUGACACAAAAGGAGAGGGCAACAUUCAGGAACUCUGAAACAAGCUAUUUGAUCCUUGAUGAUGAUCCUACAAUGAACCCUGCAGAUCCUUUAGAAGCUUCAGCUCAGAUGGCUGAAGAAGACAGCAUCUUUUCUGCACCUGUUUAUGAGACAGUGUCUAGUUUUAAACCGAAUGAUUUUGAAUCCAGGCUACUUCCUCCUGAAAACAAACCAUUGGAAACAUCCAUGUUAAGAAGAGUUAAGGAGCUGUUCACCAACAAUAACCCAAAGAUUAUUGCACAGCAUAUUCUUAGAAUGGACUGCAAGGUGGCAAGGAUAGUAGAAGUUUCUGAAGAGAUGAGGAGGAAUAUGGGAGGGAACUCUGGUCUUGAACUGAUCACCUUGCCGUACGGACAUCAGCUGCGCCUUGACCUGAUUGAGAGGCACAAUACCAUGGCAAUAGGAAUAGCUGUUGACAUCUUGGGUUGCACUGGAAAUGUAGAAGAUCGAGCAGCAACAUUAAACAGGAUCAUCCAAGUUGCUGUGGAGUUGAAGGAAUCACUUGGGGAUUUAUAUGGAUUUUCUGCCAUUAUGAAAGCACUGGAAAUGCCACAGGUCAGUAGAUUAGAACAAACCUGGACGGCUCUAAGACACUGUUAUACCCAGACUGCCAUUAUGUAUGAAAAACAGCUGAAACCAUCCUGCAAAGCUUUGCAUGAAGGACAAGAUGAGUGGACUAAAACUAUCAGUGCUCCACAGAAUAACAUAACGGUGCCGCUGCUGAUGCCUCUUGUUACCUUGAUGGAGCGCCAAGCUGUUGUUUUUGAAGGCAUGGAGCUGUGGGAAAGCAGUGACCAAAGUGGUGAAAUAAUGCUCAGGCACUUGGGCACAGCUCGCCUGAUCGCCCAGCACGCUGAGAGGUUUCGCCUGACGGCAGAGCAGCUGCUACAAGGUUUCCAGCCAGAUGAAGAGCUGAGUGAAAUCUUCAAGACAGAAUUUCAAAUGAGAUUGCUCUGGGGCAGCAAAGGAGCGCAAGUUAAUCAAAGUGAAAGAUACGAGAAAUUCAACCGGAUCUUAACUGCACUUUCCCGAAAACUGGAACCUCCUCCAGUGAAGCUGGUGGAACAAUUAAGUAUAUAAGACUCUGGAAACACAAUUUAAGUGAUAUACUUGAAAUAACCUUAGCAUUCUGUUGGCAAUUUGAAACUGCACAAACUUCUUGCAUUUCACAAGACGUUUAGAACUUUUAACUGCACAAUGCACACUUGUUUUAAAACUACUGAUUUCUAAGCAAAUUAUUUAUUUACUGUGUCACCAAGUCAUAUACUGGAUCCCUUUAAACUGUUAGGUUUUAUCCCUUUAUUUCCCCAAAGUUGCAAUGUUUUAAUGAUGCCAAGGAGUAAGGGCAUUGGCAUCUUAAGAUGAAGCAAAUAGUGUAAAUAAAAUGAUAGAUUAAUUAUAUGACAUGGUAGGAAAUUUGUUGUAUAAUAUUCCUUUAAUGAAUAUAAAAAACACUGUAGAUAGAAUUGUGAAGUGUAUCUUUAUGGAAAAUAAUAUGCAUAUUUACAAAUCACAGAAACACUGCACGUUGUAGAAAUGAUCCUUUACCUAUAACCAGAAGGCUCAAACAUCAUUGUGCCUAUGAAACUAAUCUGUGUAUGUGUUGGGACGACUUCCCCUUUCUUUUUUUAAGACAGCAUCUGUAGCAUGUCAGUUUUUGCUGGGGCCUGCACAACAGCUAAGCUGCCAGGGAUGAAUGAUGAAAUGGCAAGAACAAACAAUCCAGAUAAUUAAAAUGCUUUCAGACAUGAGUAAA